AUGUACGUGGCCCACAGUCUCUAGGCGGAGGUGAGUUUGUGGCAUCAUGACUUCCACUCUGCUGCUUCAGCUGCUCCUGGUCUCCCUGGCAUCGGCGUCGCACCACUACGGGGGAACUGUGACCUUCACCUAUAAAGGAAGAAACCCUGAUGGGACGUUCAAGGUGGACAUCCGCAACAGGGAAACCUUCGAUGGGUGUCUGUACCACCACUACUGGUCUUGUUACACUGGAAACUGUGGUUACUCCAGCAGAGUUCAGAGAGGUGUACUGGACAGGAGCACCAACGCUCCUCGCUAUAACAGCCAGUGGUGUGAAACCGAAACGGUCACCACACGACAUGUUUUCACUGACAAACCUUUUGAAAUGAGGGCACGUAGCUGUUGUUGGAUCCCAGCACGAAACCCGGUUAGUUAUUGGAAUUUCCUCACCUCCUUGGAUUUGGGAACGAGGUCUGACACAAGAAAACCCAACAGGUCACCAGAUGUUGCCAUUCUGCCCCUCCUACGAAUUCCUCAGAACUGCCCGCGGACAUACAGGCUGAUGUCCUUUGAUCCUGACGGUGACAGAGUUCGAUGCAGAUAUGGAAACAUCCCAAAUUUAGAGUGCACCUCGUGCAACCUACCUUCAGGCUUCAUCUUAGAUCAGAGCUCUUGCAUGUUGCACUACCAAUUCUCCAGUGCCAACUAUGGAGUUUAUGGAUUUGAGCUGGUGGUGGAGGACUUCCCACAGAGGAGCAUCACAUUGGCCUACGCUGAUGGAUCCCGAUCCACCAGGGCUCCACUGACUGCAAGGCGAAGGAGAUCAGUCAUGAAUCCAAUGACCACCUCCUCUCCUACCACAGGGCCCCCAUCCACUAUUGCGAGCUGGUGGGGGUGGUGGCCAGCCACAACUGCAUCCCCAUGGGGAUGGUGGCAGACUCCUGCUAUGACAGCAGCACCAACCCAAACUGCAUCUCCAUGGGGAUGGUGGCAGACUCCAGCUAUGAGAGCAGCACCAACCCAAACUGCAUCUCCAUGGGGAUGGUGGCAGACUCCAGCUAUGACAGCAGCACCAACCCAAACUGCAUCUCCAUGGGGAUGGUGGCAGACUCCAGCUAUGAGAGCAGCACCAACCCAAACUGCAUCUCCAUGGGGAUGGUGGCAGACUCCAGCUAUGACAGCAGCACCAACCCAAACUGCAUCUCCAUGGGGGUUGUGGCCAACCACAACCUCCACAUCGCACACCACAGGGCAGCUGUACGCCACCACCCCUCCUCUCAGUAAACUGCCUUUACAGUUCUCUUUCCUUGUGGACCCUCCUGUUCCUUCAUGUCAGGAGGGUCUCUACUUGCCACGGCUUGUGCACCCGACACCUGCAAACGCAGCUCGCGUCCAAGCGGAGGCCAACAAAGAGGUGGAGAUCAGAGUGAAAGCACAAGCUUCAUACGCGACACUACAUGAUAUCAUCAUGAGCGGGCCCACGAACAUCACCAAGCACAGGACCACACAUGACGAGUUUGUCAUUAAGUGGACGCCUACAGAAGAUGACCUGGGGGAUCACUACCCGAUCUGCUUCGCUGUUGAAUCAAGAUGGGGGUCGUCCAUCUAUCAGUCCGAGAUGAGGUGUGUCCUGGUGGACGUCAUCAGGGAGGAAGUUGAAACCACAGUGAUCUGCACUGAGUCCACCAUGACAGUAGUGGUUGAGAGGUCUUCAAUUCCUGGAAUUGAUGUGAAUCGUUUGCGGCUCAGUGACCCCGCCAACACCGCCUGCAGCCUCCACUCCAACAGCACUCACGUCAUCGGUGUCAUCCCUCUGAACGCCUGUGGCACUCAGAUCGAGGAAGAUGAAGAAAACCUAAUGUUCAAGAAUGAAAUCACCACCGUCGACAACGGCCGAGAUGUGAUCACCAGGAAACACCUGCUGGAGGUUCAGUUCUACUGCCAGUACCCCAAACGAGGAAACGUGACGCUGGGCUUCACGGCACACAGGAAUAACGUCACAGUGUUCGAGAAGGGCUUCGGCACCUUCACCUACGCCUUCGAGUUCUUCCCCAACGCGCAGUUCUGGUCCAUGAUCGAUCCGAACUCAUACCCUCUGGAGUACGACAUAGGGGACGAGAUCUUCAUGCAGAUUGAGGCCACCUCGACAGUCAACAACACUGAGCUGUUUGUGGAGUCCUGCAGAGCUGCACCAUAUGACACCCCAAACUAUUCGCCAACCUACUCCAUCAUUGAAAACGGGUGUAACGUGGACUCGACUGUUGAAACCUAUUCCCCAGCCCACGAGAGGCAGUUCAGGUUCAGCAUGGAGGCCUUCAAGUUCAUUGGCUUGCAUGACCAGGUGUACAUCAGCUGUUCAGUCAUCAUGUGUGAAGCAGGGGAGCCCAACACCAGGUGCUCACAGGGAUGCAUCAACUCCACACAGUCAGCCCGCCGAAAGCGAGAGGCUACCACCCAGAGUGGGAUACACUUUGUUUCCCAGGGUCCCCUCCGGCUGAGGAGGUCAGCAGAGCUCAGGGAAAGCCCAGUGAUGAACCUGAAUCUGAACCUGGUCUUCAUCGCUGGAUGUCUUCUUGCAGCCGUCGGCAUGAUCAGCGCCGCAGUCAUGUACAAAUCCAAAAUGCUGAGGGUCAGAUACCAGCCUUUGCCCACAUCUGAAAGUUAGGAAGCAGCCCGAGCAGAAUAAAGAUUCUGUUUUAAUCACAUUUGGAUAUACAAAGAUGAAUUUGAUUAUUUUUCUAUCAGAUAUCUGUUCAUGUAUCGAAUCCCCUGCAUAUCUGUUUAAAUGUCUACAGCUAUAGUUGGACAAGCUGAAAGGAUAGAAAAUCAGUAUCUUUGCAAAGUGAGUCUUGUUUUAAGCAACAGUGAAACCUGGUACUGCAGCUGCUGGGUGUUCAGUUCAGUAAUCUGGGGUGUAGGUUUACCACUUUUCUACUUUUAUGUUUUACGGUGUGGUUUAAAGCAACUAUCUUCAUUUACAUGCAUAGCCUUGUCUGAGCGUGAUCGCUAACAUGUCGAAUGUUGUCAAAACACGUACACCUGCUAAAUGGAUCAGUAAAACAUAAAUUCUCUUA